CUCCCAUCUCCGUCUCCUCUGCUCCCUCUCUCCAACGACCAUACCAGCUCACUCCUCACUAAUCAAGAUGCACCUCCCCCCAGCGCACGCCGAACACUCCAUCCCCAUCCUCCACUCUUUCAUCCGCCAGCACCCCCUCGGCAUCUUUACCACCGCCCUCCCCAACCCCUCUUUUUCCACUCUCCAAACCUCACACGUACCCUUCAUCCUUGACGUGGAUGAGGAAGAUCCAGACGAUAGAGGGAGAUUGAGAGCCCAUAUGGCUAGGGCCAACCCGCAGGCGAAAGCUAUCGUCGAUGCCUUGGCUUCCAAAACUUCGGGCCCUGGAGGGGACGAGGAUGGUGGUGUACUAGAAGAAGACGUCCUCAUCGUCUUCUCCGCCCCUGUCCAUUCAUACGUCACUCCCAAAUUCUACACCUCCACCAAACCUAGCACCGGCAAAGUCGUGCCCACAUGGGACUAUGCCGCCGUCCAAGCUUACGGCAAGGCCCGAAUCUACCACGCCCCUUCCACCGAGACGGGGGAGUUCUUGGCAAAAGCUUUGGGGGAUCUGUCGCAACAGGAGGAGAGAACGAUGCUGGAAAGGAUGGGGAAUGAAGAUGGCAAACCCUGGGACCUGAGCGAAGCUCCCGAGAAAUACGUAGAGAUCCUGAAAAAAGCAAUCAUCGGUAUAGAAAUCACCCUCACCAAACUCGAAGGCCGGUUCAAGCUGAGCCAAGAAAAGGCUGGCGGGGAUUGGCAAGGUGUUGUGGAAGGGUUUCGAGCGAUGGGUACGGGGGAGGGGGAUGUUAUGGCGGAUAUGAUUAAGGAGAGGGGACCGGUGUGAAGAACAAGGGAUUAAUGGAUCGGACGUGGGAAGAGAGCAUUGGACCAAGAUCGUUAAUCGGUGUAGGUACCGCUCCCGGCCAGAUCCCGGUCUAGCCUCCCAAAUAGAGUCGAUAUGUUGGAUAGAAAUGACAUGCACAAGUACCGACAUA